CUGGCUGCCUACAACCGGUCACUGCUUUGGGCUGUCCAGUCUGGCGUUCAACGGUGUUGGCCACAACCGAUCUUCAGGCGAGAUCAGAGGACGGAGAAAUCCUUUUCGGUUUCUCGCCAUAGAAAUAUGGUAGUGUCCUUUCGGUUGGAUGCCUUGUCUGCUGGAGCCAGGUGCCACUGUAGAUCGCGUUCGACUCCCAGGACUCGACUGUCUGGCGAUCGUCUCUCUGGCAUUCGAUUCUCGGCAAACGAUUCUCGGCAAACGACGCUCGGCAAUCGACGCUCGGCAAUCGAUGCUCGGCAAUCGACUGUCUGGCGAUCGUCUCUCUGGCAUUCGUCUCUCUGGCAUUCGUCUCUCUGGCAUUCGUCUCUCUGGCAUUCGACUCUCGACAAUCGACGCUCGGCAAUCUACUCUCGGCAAUCGACUCUCUGGCAUUCGACUCUCGGCAUUCGACUCUCGGCAAUCGACUCUCGGCAAUCAGCUCCCAGCUUCAGUGUUCGGCUCCCAGCAUCCGAGUAUCCAGUAAGCAGCUCCUCCAGCAUUCGACAACAGCAGCAAAUGGCUGUUUUUUUGGGUGUUUCGAG